AUGGUUGAUGUUGCAAGAUUAUUUUUCUUGUAUUUUACAAUUAACUUGAUUAGAACGGCAUUACUUGUGCAAAUGCGAGAUUGGCAAAAAAAUGAUACCAUCAUCAAUAUUAAUAAAGGAUAUGCUCUUCGACGUUUGGGUGUAUAUUCAUCAGACGUCGCAGAAGAAAUUGUUCACACAUUUAUUCCUAUUAAUAAUCUGUGUGUUUUAUCACCAGAAACAGAUGUUUACCAGUAUGCUUCCUUACCGUUAGAUACAAAUGUUGCACAACUUGCUACUACGACAAUACCUGGUAAUACUGCUCGAACACUGUCCCCAUAUAACACUGAGAACAUACCGAGAUUAAUUCGGGAAGGCGUAAGUCGAGUUCUUGCACAACAUCAUCCAGAUGAAAUUAUAAAGAACUAUAAAUCAAUCGCUCAUUUCGUCGAUAAUCAAUUUUAUUAUCACAAGAGUGAUGUCAAUGCAAUUAUAACAACAUCUCCCACAAAUACUCUGGAUAAAGACAUUGGUAUUUCUCGCUUUCGUUCAAAUUCAAUGGAAAUAAUUCGUAAACAGAUAAAUAACAAUAAAAUAGGUUUUGAAUAUUUAUCUCAUACUGAUUUAAAAUUGUUUUUAACAGCAAUAUUUCUAAUUAUCGAUGCGUCGUAUACUGUUUCUAAUUUUCAAGUAUCACUUGAUAUUUUCUCUCAGUUAAUUUUAGGACAGUCGGUGUUCGUUUCACGUUAUUGUUCAAUAGGUCAACGAAAUUUGUUAUCGCCUGAACCUUGUCUUAUAAUAUCAACCCUAUUUUUACGAACUCCAUCCGAUAGUACAUCAAUCUUUUCAAUCUUUCGUUUGAUUCCUUUACCAAUUAUUGAUAAUGGCUUUAUGUACACUUACUCAAAGCUUCCCAAAAUAAUUGGUGUAAAUUCAAUCGAUCAAACAUUUCUUAUGUGGAACGAAGAAAUUGACAUCAAAGAAUGUACAUUCUCGCGACUUGUUCAAUGCCGAACAAAACCAGUCUCAACUACCAUAUUAAAAUCAUCAUGCAUAUCUCAACUAUUCGAUGACGAUGAACUAGAUACAAGUAUAUGUGAAGUUAGCCGUACACAAAAUAUUGAUCAGGAUAUCAUGCGAAUUGAUGAUGAUAUUUGGCUUUUCUCUAAUGUUCGUCAUACCGAAUACUGCCAGAUUUAUUCAGCUUCAGAUGAAUUAACUGAAACUAUAUUGAUAAAUGAAGCAUCAGUCCUUCGUAUACCGUGUAACAAGACAGUUACAUGUAGGAAUUCGCAAUUACCUACUGCAUCAUGCACGCAACAUAGAGUCACCAUAACACCUGCUGUUCAUUUGCAUCAUCGACUCCCAGCCCGAUUUCUUGUACCAAUCAAAGACAUGUCAAAAACAAUUGUGCGAUCUUAUCAAUUACAGCUCAACAACAAAAUAAAUGACUUGAUGACAAAUUUUUCAGCGAAGCGACCAAAAAUGAAACAAGUGUUUGAAGACUACUUAAAUUAUAUCGCAUCCGUCAUCGCAUACAUUCUCUUUCUCAUAUUUAUUUAUCUCAUGUAUUUGAUUAAAUACAAACAACAGCGAGCACUUAAGUGUAUUGCGUCAUUCGUACAGGAUACAGUUUCAGCAUAA